AUGGGUUCCCAGAAUAACUUGGAGGGCCAGGUACCUAAUCCACUAAAUCCUGAAUUUUUAGAUCUUUCAGAUGAAGAUUUUAUCGAUUACUAUAAUGAGCACCUAGCAUGGAUGCCUAAGACGCAUUUGUUAAGCAUCGAGGAGAUGAGAAAGAAUGGGCAUAAAUAUGCUUCCCCUUGGUGUCGAGACUUUUCUAAUGAAGCGUUUGUCAAAGACAUCAAGCUCGCCGCAGAUGAUGGCCAUCUUUUCACGGCACGAUGUUAUUAUCCGGACGAUAAAAAGUCGACUUUUGGCAUCGGUCCUUACCCAGUCUAUAUCAACUUCCAUGGAGGUGGUUGGACGUUUGGUGGCCUGACGGGCGACGCAGAAAUCUGCAUGGCCAUACGAGAGCGUCUCGGCAUACUAGUCAUGGACAUAGACUACAGACUUUCACCAGAGAAUACCUUCGGGACCGGCGCCGACGAUGCUUGGGCAGCAGUCAAAUGGAUUAAUGCACAGGGUGAUUGCAUCUCAAUUGGUGGAAUAUCGGCCGGUGGUCAUAUAUGCGCCACCAUACAGCAACUUGCUCGCGAUGCUGAUAUGCCCUUGAGGCUUGCAAUUCUCUCACUCCCCGCGGUUAUCUACGAAGGGGACUUCAGAAAACCAUCGGAUGCGCCUUUACAAUCUUGGGUAGAGAACCAGAACGCUCCUUGUCUUAAUUGGGAGCGCUCUAAAUUCUUCCAGCAGCACUAUAACCCCAAGAAUAGUGCUGAACGAUCUAAAUUCGACUCACGGCCCAUAUUUUAUAAGAGUCCCUUAUACGAAGAGCCUUCAUAUCGUGAUCCUUUGCGUGAUGAAGGGGAGUCGUAUGGCUUGAAGCUUGCCCAGCUUGGUGUCCGAGUUUCCAUCCGACGCUACACCAACGUGCCCCAUCCAUUCAUGCAUAUGGCACCAAUUAAGAAAGCUCAAAUGUAUUUAGAGGACAUUUGUAGCGAACUAGGAAGGGCGAUCAGUCCCAGAGCUACCUCAUAG